AUGAGUCCUCUAACUUCUCUGCUUCUCGUCCCGGCCACCGCCUACAUCGUUUAUGCCGUCGUCAAAUUCCUCCACACAGUAAUAUGGCAACCUCUCCAGACACAGCGGUUCCUCAACUCGCAGGGGCUCAAAGGCCCUCCUUACGCUUUCCUCCUAGGCAACGCCAAACAACUCCUUCAGUUCAGAGAGGAAGCGUUGACCAAACCCAUGCCCACUCUUUCCCACGACAUAGCUCACAGGGUCAUCCCUCACAUCUCCGCAUGGACCAAGCAAUACGGGAAGAACUUUGUGUUCUGGAUUGGACCGCGAGCUCAAAUGGUUCUCGGAGACCCAGAUUUAGUCAAAGAAGUUCUAAGCAACAAAAAUCGUAUUUUCUCUAAAUCCGACCUAUUGUCUCCUUACCUGCAAAAGAUUUUUGGCCGAGGACUUGCGAUUAACGAAGGUGAAAAGUGGGUUAAGAGUAUGGUACCGGACAUGAUUGCUAGUGCAGAGAUGAUGCUAGAGAGAUGGAUGAUGAACGACGGGAAAGAGAUCGAAGUUCAUGAAGAAUUCAGGAUUCUGUCGUCGGAAGUGAUUUCCAGGACAGCUUUUGGGAGUAGCUUCAAGGAAGGACAACAUAUAUUUGGCAUGCUCAACGAAUUGACGAAAAUUUCCGAUAGGAAUACAUUCAAAAUGAGUAUUCCAAUAAUUAGAUCCGGUGUAGAGCAGAUCCCCCGACGCGGCGAGGGAGUAGACGUGUCCCUCCUGGCGGACGAUGGAUCCGAUGAGGCUGUCCCCGCUGCCGGUGCCGUCGUUGGGGAAGAGCGCAGGGGAAGGGAUAAUGCAGGAGGAUUUCAUGUACGGAGACAACGGGUGGUGGCUGCUGUUGACGUUCCAGGGGGAGAACAAUUGGCCGCCGGCGUACGGCGAGCAGGUGGUGCGCGGAGAGGAAGAGGCGUGGCCGCUGCUGGGAGUUCCGCUGCUGUUGGAGUUCCGAGGCGUGCUGGUGACGCUGGAGGAAUUCGUUGGGCGGCUGCUGCUGAUGUUCUUGUUGUUGUGAUUGGUUUCGUCGUCGUUGUCGGAACGGAGGACGGUGGAGCUCAAGUCCCCCAUACUCAUAUUCCUCUUCUUCCACAAAGCUAUCCGGUUGGAGCUCGACGACCUCCACCCGCCGCCUUGGAUUUCGCCACCAGUGGCGGAGAUAUUAAACCUCUGCUGUACAAGUAUCACUUCGUCCGUGGCAUUUACAAGCACCAAUGCAAUUAG